UUCUCAAUCAAGGUUCAGUUCACUCUGUUCACGCAUCACUCUGUCCGCCAACCGAUAGGUGGUGACAACGACACAUAAUGAGGCUCGAAACAACAAAACACUAGGAAGUACUGCAAGAUUGUUGAGAUUCAUAUGAAGAUUUUCUACACUUCACUUGACACAGUCUGCUUUUCAUUCUUGAUGAAUGAGGGUAUGCGGCAUGGGUGGACACAUAGCAGAUGAUCAUGCGCGAGGAACACCCAGAACGGUUGAUUUCCUCAGAUAAUAGCUUAGCUGCAGCAGCUCGCAGUGUGUAAGUUAACUGUCAAAAUAAGACAGUGUUGAACUAUUUAACUCACUGUGUGUAGAUUCAACUUAUGCAGAACCCAUCUUGAAGGAUGGAUCUUUGACGGGGUUUUAACGUUUAUGUUUGUAUUCAAACACCAACUCACAAACUGCAACUCUUCCGGAUCUUUACAGUAACGUUAGUCUUCAGAAAAGUCUGUCGUGGUCUCCUUGUGAGAGGCUGUCAUCAUGGCAUCAGCCAAGCUGAAGUACCUCUCUCUGGGGAUUCUGGUGUUCCAGACCACGUCCCUGGUGCUCACCAUGCGUUACUCGCGCACCUUGCAGGGUGACGGGCCACGUUACCUGGCCUCCUCUGCCGUGGUGGUGGCAGAGUUCCUCAAGAUCCUCACCUGUUUGGGGCUUGUCUUCAAAGAUCAUAGUUACAGCGGCCGAGCGCUGAGCAGUAUUUUGAGACAGGAGAUUCUACACAAGCCUAUAGACACGCUGAAGCUGGCGAUUCCUUCAGGUAUCUACACGCUACAGAAUAACCUGCUUUAUGUAGCACUGUCCAACCUUGAUGCGGCUACCUACCAGGUGACCUACCAGUUGAAAAUCCUGACCACAGCCCUGUUUUCGGUUUCUAUGCUGGGCCGCAGGCUCGGGGUGUACCAGUGGUUGUCUCUGCUGAUUCUUAUGGCUGGCAUUGCACUUGUACAAUGGCCAGCAGACUCCCCGUCAGACCCACAGAAAGAGCAGCUGACUGCGGGCUCACAGUUUGUAGGGCUGGUGGCCGUGUUGGUGGCCUGUUGCUCUAGUGGGUUUGCUGGUGUCUACUUUGAGAAGAUCCUUAAAGAGACCAAACAGAGUGUUUGGGUCCGAAACAUCCAGCUUGGCAUGUUUGGCCUGUUUUUUGGGAUCUUCGGGAUGUUGGCCUACGAUGGUGACAGAGUCCAAGAACACGGAAUGUUUCAGGGCUACAACACGCUGACCUGGAUUGUGGUCGCCCUCCAGGCUCUUGGAGGGCUUGUGAUAGCUGCUGUCAUCAAGUAUGCUGACAACAUACUGAAAGGCUUUGCUACAUCACUCUCAAUUAUCCUCUCCACAUUCAUUUCAUAUUUCUGGCUUGAGGAUUUUGAGCCUACCAGUUUGUUCUUCCUGGGCACAGUAUUAGUCAUAAUGGCGACGUUUCUCUAUGGUUAUGAGAGCAAGCCGGCACCCAACCCAAGCAGGGCAUGAAAAGGGGAUGGACGAGGUGAAAGUGGAGUGGAACAAAAGGAUGAAAUGAGUGGAAGGACAGAGAAGAGGAGAGGAGGCGUAGAGAGCGGGACAAAAGGAUUGAUACAAGGUUGGAUAACAGGCUGGGCCACUGCUGUGCAGUGCUGAGCUGAAGCACACUUGGAGAAAUGCUCCGGGUCUCUGGUUUCAGUGAAACUCCUGUUUUAUGUGAAAAACAUUAAUCGGCGCUGAUCACAUUAAUGGGUAAUGGAUUAAAAACACUUCCUAACGUGCCAUUUUCAAAUGGCACAAAACUUGUUCGGCUUUUCUUGGCCAUUUAAUAUCCGUUCAUCUUCAAGGGGCAAUGGCUGCUUUUGAUUCGCAACAGUGGCCUGCAGUAAUUUGCCACAAAUAAAACUUGAAUCUCGCAGAAACUCUGCAAUAGAUGUUACUUAGGGGGUCGUUGCAUCACUGUAUUUUUGUGUCAUUAUUCAAACUGCAAGUCAUAAAAAAUAUUUUAUGCUAUUUUAAUUGACUGAGUUGCUGGGUUAGUUUCUGUGCCGUAGAAAUUGAGGGAAUAAGGGAUCUUUUGUAAAUAGAAUGUAAACUUUCAAUAUUAUUAUAAAGAAAAUGAUAACAAUACUUAAGAUGAUGCCAGCCAGUCAGUUUGUGGGAUGUUGUGAUUAUUUUACAGAUUACCUCUGUCACCAGGCAACAAAGAAUACUUGAGUUACUCCGUUAUAUGUGCAAGGAAGUGCUUUUUAGCGACUUUGCACUAUAUGUGAAGCCAUAUUAGUAUCUGGUGAGGAGUAAUAAUAAAUCAGGUGUAUAAUUAGCUUUUUUUUUUUUUU